AUGGACAUUGACAGUGAUUCGGACAAGUUGCCAUCAGAUGUGAUUUCAGAAGACGAGUUGCCGCCCGAUGUUUGUCCGGAGCCACUGGCACACAGCGCUUCGGACCGACAUGUGGACCCCAAUAGCUGCUGCAAGGAAAAUUGUUGGCAAACACUGCAAGACUCUCCCGGGCUUGCCCGUCGUGUCACAGAACUCCAACAAGCUUUAGAUGCCUGCACCAAGGACCAGCGUAAGACCUUGCAGUUCAAGCGGUUGAAGGAAUGGGGGAUUGGGGCACAGACGUCCUGGCGGAGGUACCGAGUCUGGGGCAUGACCCUUUGUGCCGCGGCCGUGCAGAAACUUUUGAAAACGACUCCAUACUUUUUAAAACAAUUCAAUAGUGACAUAGCGCAGGGCCAUGACAUGCCACCGCGGGUUCUGACCGAAACACAGCAACAGCGGAACGAACGCGGAGCUUGGGCCAAGGCUUCUUCCAUUUUGGAAUGGCUGCAUGGCCAAGUCGCUGAGGAUCUGGCAGAAAGUGUCCGAGUUGCAGGGGACACGGUUCAUUCUAGCAAGCCCGCGGCCCUAAGCAAGCCACCAGCGGACACAGAAAAAAUAGGAUUCAUAGAUGAGUUGGAUGAGGAGGGUGUUCGAUGGAUGCCACCAGGCACCACUCUGUCUGAAAUGUUAGAUCUUGGAAUCGCCUUUCUACCAGACCAGAAAGUGGCGUACUCCACAUUCGUGAAGUGCUACCACAUGUCUUGGGAGAAGAAACUGAAAGUCCGCACGGUCGGGCAACACAGUAAGUGCACAGCUUGCGAGAAGUUCAAGGAAUACAGACGCAGAAUUGCUUCCAAAAAAGACGGUGACCGCAUUGCAGCAGAGUAUUCCAGCCACCUGUCAGAUGUGAUGAAAGACCGGCAGGUAGACGAGCGUUUGUGCGCAAAAGCUCGAAUCACUGCAGGAACUUUGGCCGGAAGCGUCAAACCAGAGGAGUCAUUGCUAUCUAUAGUUAUAGACGCAAUGGACGGAGCGAAAUUCCGGUGCCCCCGAAAUGUCUCCGCCGCAAAAGAGUUUCAGAACCUCUGGCGGCCAGAGGCUUCAUGCAUCGGGGCAAUCAUCGAGGGGUUGCGCGAAACAUAUUAUUUGUGUGACCCUGACAUAUCCAAGAGCGCCGAUGUGCAUGCCAGCAUCAUCGGCCACUCAUUGGAAAAAGCAAAGCAGAGCUUUCAGACGCGGGGAAAACCAUUUCCCCGCCAUCUGAGACUGCACAGCGACAACGCUGCUGCGGAAGGAAAGAACCAAACGAUACUAUGCUUGGCGGCGUGGCUGUGCCACCGCCGCCUGUUCGAGAGUGUGGUCCUAACCCAGUUUAGGGUCGGACAUACACAUUCAAAGAUUGACCAGCGAUUUUCUGAAUUGAGAUUUUGCCUGAGCCAGUGCUGCGUGCUCGAAAGCCCUGACGCAUUUAUGGAUGCCAUCAGGGAAGGGGUGCAGCCACGGGAAUCACGACACCUUGGGGUCGAGAGGCUCCGCGCUGCGCCGAACUUCAAGAAUUUCUUCCAGCAGCUGGAAGUGAAGACCUCAGGUCAUGUUCAAACUCGUUGGCAAACCCUCAGGAACGAAGAGGCCGUCCAUGUCUUUUGCUUUGAACGACGCUCUGAAUUUAAAGGUGAAAUCGAAGAGGUCAAUGGCUCGCCAGGGGGCCCACAACCUGGCGAUGUCAUUCUCACAUGCAGGCAGUAUAUCUGCAACGAGGCACCCAGCCAGCCACCUUUCGUUUUUGCAUAUGAGGACGAUUUUGCUAAGAUGCCAUCCUCCUCAAAUUUGUGUAUGGCCCCAAGAGUGGCUUUGUCUGACCGUCAAAUCAAAGAAUUCCAGAAGACCGCAGAGGUAAUCAGCCAAGACCCGUGGAACAUGGACGAGGGCUGCGCUUUUUUGCUGCAGCUGAUGGAGGAAAACCAAAGUCAACAAUCAGACAACUGGAUUCCACUGUGCAUGCCAUGGUUUUUGUCUGGAACCCGAGCAGACGUGGACUUCACGCUGGACGAACCAGUGCCCAAAUUAACCGAUGAGACCUUUAAAUGGAAUCACCGAGCACCAGCUCCAGUCACCGUUUCAAGGCCGCCCGCGCAUCUGAAGCGUCUCAAUGUCAAAGGCCAAGCCGCGGCCGCGGGUGCAGAUGAUAUUCUCCCGCCGCCUGAAGGCACACGACUUGAGCGAGAUCACACAGAAGUGGCGCGUGAGAACCCUCAGUUAGGAUUAAAGAGACCAGCAGCAGCAGCGGCGGCCGGGAAAAGAGACAAACAACGACAAUUGGGACGCCUGCCCAUGCCGCCCGACGCGAAAGACUACAUCGGGUGUCCAAACAACAACAUGGACAUCAUUGUCUUGGACGACGACGAAGACCAGGAACAGCAUCUGUUUAUGGAAUUUUUUUCACCACCACGAGUCGCCAUACCUUUACGCCGAGAAGGUUAUUGGGCGCUGCAUAGCUUCGACAUUGUCACGGGCUACGACUUUCUCACUGCAGAUGGUCGCGCCCGCGCAUUGAAGCUACUGACGCAGCACCGCCCCUUCUUCACAAUGCUGAGUGCACCUUGCACCAUGUUCAGUGUGAUGCAAAAUGCCAACCUCGGCAAGAUGGACACCGCCACAAAAAAACGUCGCUUUGCAGAAGCAAAUUGCCUGCUCGACUACUCCAUGCUGAUCGCCAGGCGACAAAUCGCUCAGAAGCGCUUUUUUGCACACGAGCAUCCGCAAAAAGCUACUUCUUGGAAGCGCCAGAGCGUGCAGGAUAUCGCCGAUCAGGAGGGGGUCAUGAAGGUCACAUUUGACCAAUGUCGAGUGAAUUUAAAAACACCAGUUUCUGAAAAGCCACUCCAGAAGCGGACAACGCUGUUGACCAACUCAACAGCCAUUGUCUCAUUGUUUGAACCUCUUCAAUGCGCGUGUACGGAGCCGCAUGCUACUAUUGAGGGUUCUGAAGGUGGUAUUCAGCUGUCGAAGUGGUGCCAAAUCUAUACCCACGAGUUCGUCGACAAGCUUCAGAAGGCAGUGCGCCUAGAGUGGGAGCGACGGUGA